GGCUCCGCUGCCCCCCGCUCCGCUCCCUCGGCACAUCAUGCAGGCGGCAGAGCGGGACGCGGCGGUAAGUGGUCCCGAAGUGGGGGUGGGGGGUGGUGAGGCCCCGCCGGAACCGUCACCACCCAAGGCUGCCGCCGCCGCUUUCGACCUGCUGGAGCUGGUGCGGAGCUACCGUCGGCUGGAGCUCUACCUGGAGCCACUGCGGGACGCAGCCGAGGGCAUUCGUUCCCUUCUCCGGUGGCAGCGGCCCGUGUGUUCCCUCCUUGUCUGUCUCAGCCUCAACUUUCUUCUGCUUACCUUCGGCCGAGCCGCCUGGUACUCGGUGCUUGCCUUGUUGGUCGUGGUGCCGGCCCUGCUGGGCUACCUGCAGGAGACGUGCCGGACCCGGCCCUCGGAGCCUGAACUGGUGCGCAGGAGAUACCACAGCGUUCGCCGGGAGGACCUCUGCAGGGUACAGCUCUCACGGCAGGAGGCCAUCGCCCAGGUCAAGAGCUUCCUGAUCCAGCUGGAGGCGUUUCUGAGUGGGAUGUGCUGCAACUGCAAGGCAGUGUACCGUGUACUGUACUGGGAGAACCCCACUGUUUCUUCCCAGUUUUAUGGGGCACUGUUGGGGUCUGUCUGCAUACUUUAUCUGCUGCCCCUCUGCUGGGUUCUGGCCAUUCUCAACAGCACCCUCUUCCUGGGCAAUGCCCAGUUCUACCAAGUGAUAAUGGAGCUCAAGGCCUCGAUCGAGCAGUGCGUGGGCACCAAACCCCUAGAGACCACUUCAGAGCCUGCUGAACCCCUGCCCCCUGCUGCCCCCCUGGAUCGGACACCCACCCCCACCAGCACAGAGGACCUUACUCCUGGCAGUGUGGAGGAAGCAGAGGAGGCAGAGCCUGAUGAGGAGUUCAAAGAUGCUAUUGAGGAGAACCAGCUGCUGGUCAUGGAAGAUGACGAGAGCUCUCAGUGCUCAGCAGAGUUUGACCUCAGCCUGCCGGACAACGGCUUCAUGAGCAAAAACGAGGUGAUCCGCAGCAAGGUGUCGCGCCUCACCGAGCGCCUGCGCAAGCGCUGCCCCACCAACAACUUCGGGAGCUGCACAGGUUGUGCAGCCACCUUCUCUGUGCUCAAGAAGAGGCGGAGCUGCAGUAACUGUGGGAACAGCUUCUGCUCCAGGUGUUGUUCCUUCAAAGUCCCUAAGGCUGUGAUGGGAGCCACAGCCCCAGAGGCACAGAAGGAGACAGUGUUUGUGUGUGCACUGUGCAACCAGGUGCUCAUCAAGUGACUGAAGCAGGCACAGCCAGCUCCUGGGUCCUGCGCUGCCUGACACCCAGGACAGAGUGUGCCCUUGCAAAUGGGGACCUGGGCUGCUUGGUUCCCAGCAUGGCAUCACCCUGACAGAAGACACUUGUGCUUGCUGUUCCUCCUGCCAGUGCCAGGCUGGGGGCAGACCUGUGCUCCUUGCCAUGCGACAUUGGCUGCGCAGCUGGGUCUCUGCAGCAGAGCAGUGCCCACAGCUGUGCCCCCAGCCCUGUGGCUGCCCUUGGCAGCUGCUCCAAGCCCUGGGCAGUCCCUGGCACUCGCUGCCAUGUACCUGCCCGGGCCCUGUGGCCCAGCUCAGCGACAGAGGAGCCAUCCUUCCCACUUGCAGUCCUACUUCCACCUCCUAGGUGGAGCAGAACCACCGCCUUGGGACUCUCUCUACCUUUUCCAGCACUGUGCUAGGUGACUGUUUCUGGGAAGAAGUCAGAGCUCUACCUGCAUCCCCAGGAGAAUGUGGUCUUUGGCCCUGGCUCAGCUGAGACCCUUGCUAAUCACUCCUGAGGUCCUUGGCCUCAUUGCCUACAGGUUUAGUCUUUCUCUCUCCUCCCAUAUUUGGCUGUAGUGCUGAGGAGGCAAAAAGGGUACAGGGGGGUGGGGCUGUGGCACCGGGUCCCAGCUGCAGUGUAAGAAGAGGCAUGAGUUGGUGCUGCACUUAGUGACUGCUGCUUUCUACUACAGAUUAAUAUAUGUGUAUAUAGAGAAUGACCAAUAAAUCUCAU